UUUUUUUUAUAUUUUGUUCAAUACUUAAAAAUGAAAGCUACAAAUAAGCAUUGUUGUAAAUGUAAAACUGAACCUGCUACAGUCUUAAUUCGACAAGCAUAUUAUUGUCAAUCCUGUUUUACUUUUGUAUUUAUCGGGAAAUAUAGAUCUAUUUUACUUCGCUUAAGAAAUAAUGAUAGAAAGAAAGGAAAGGUUUUAUUAGCCUGUUCAGGUGGUCCUUCUUCAAUUGCCAUGCUUAAUUUAACAAAAAAUUUUAUGAAAGUAUUACCUAACGAAAAGAAAAAAAUUCAGCUUAUACCCGAAGCUAUUGUUUGUCACAUUGAUGAAAGUAGUUUGUUUGGUAGCAAUGAGGGAUCUGCAGAAAAACUUGCUCAACACAUGAAAGAAUACUUUACAGAAUUUGAAUAUUUUAGUUAUCGUUUAGAAGAAGUGUUUGGUUCAGGAUUUACAAAAAAUGUUGAAUUUAAUCAAAUAUUAAAAUCAGUUUCAGGUGGAAUUGAGAAUGGUGACUAUGAACAUUAUGUUAAAUGUAUAGAAAAGGAACAAUUAGAUAAAUCACCAGUUGAGCAAUUAAAACAAUUGUUUGCUAAUAUUAAAAAGACGACAGCUAAGGAAGACUUACUUUGGAAUCUUAAAAUGGAAAUGCUUGUGACUGUGGCUAGACGUGAAAAAUGUGAUUAUAUUUUUAUGGCUGAUUCAGCUACUCGUCAAGCUAUCAAAAUGAUUUCAAUGACAAGUAAAGGACGUGGCUAUAGUCUUGCUUUAGAUGUAAGCGUUGACGAUCAACAAAGUUUUAAGGACCUUUGUAUUAUGCGACCUAUGAAAGACAUGCUUGCUAAAGAAAUUGGAUUGUAUAAUUAUUUUGUAAAGACGGAUCAAUAUAUUAUAUCACCACUUAAUUUUAGUACUAUGAUGCCUGGUAAAAGCUCUAUUGAAAGAUUGACAGAGGAAUUUAUUGUGGGGCUUGAGCGUGAUUUUCCGUCUACUGUAAGUACAGUAUGCCGCACAGUAAUGAAAUUGACACCUGCUGCCGAUAUGGAUUUGACACAGACUUGUGCUAUGUGUUUAAUGCCUUAUGAAAGUGGCAUUGGGGCUUGGAGAAAACAUAUCACGGUGACAGAUGUUGAAGAUGCUGAACCAAGACCAGAACAACAACAACAGAGUAGUUGUUGUAAUGGUAAUGGUGAUUGUCAAAAGAUGAAACUAGAUUUGAACAAGCAUUUAUGUUAUAGCUGUCAAGUGAAUCUUAAAGAUUAUAACGAAACGUCAAUAUCAUCUCUACCAUCCUAUGUUGCUGAGAAUGCAAUUAAUCAAAGUAGAGAUGAUAGACUAUUAAAUCAAAUCAAAGACUUUUUAAUUGAAGACAAUGAUGAUGAAUAAAUAAAUAAUAUGUAUUGUAUAAGAUGGCUUACUA